GCAGUUGCAUGAAAAUGGCCGAUGUAAUUGGGAUAACGCAUUUUGAUAUAAUUAAUAUUUUUAUUGAUGUAAUUAACUAAUAUAAAUAAAUCAUUCAUUAAAUGAACACACCAGACAAGCAUUCAAUCGACAUUCAUACAUAGGUUAACGGAUGUUUUGUUUAAAUCUUCAUCCCAAUUCCUCUAGUUCCAAAUAAGCGGCAGCACCCUCGCUUGAGUUCGCGAAUGCCUUUAUCUUUUAUCUUUAUGUCAGUAAAAAUGUUUAUCUGAUUGUUAGCAAUAAUAAAAAAUCCUGAUUUAGAUAAAAUGGAUUCAAAUACAGUUUUUGAAACAAAAGGAAUGUGAUUUGAAGAUCCCUAGGAAGAUCAAAUUCCUAGCUUACAUUUGCAUGGUGAGUUCAACAAGUAUUUGCUAUUAGAGAACAAGUAACACAGUUAGUGGUGUAGGGAAGCAAACGAAUGUAACACCAAUUGAAAGUCCUUCAACAAGUAGAGAUGCACACAUGUUUCAAUUAUUUGAGAUACCCUUUUGUAGAAGUAUUUGGAAGAUAUAUGACGCCGAAAGGCGCUUUUACCAUGGGGUCGGUUACCACCCCAUCUUAGGGGUGGAAAUUUUUUAUUAUGUUUUGACUGCAAAAGUUGAUAAAAACAUUUAUUCUAAGCAAAAAAUAUUCUAUACUUUUUUUUGAUAAAAUUAAUACUUUUCGAUUUAUUCGCUAUCGAAAGUGUUAGUUUUAUAUAGAAAAAAUUAAUGUUUUUCGAUAUAUACUCAUUUACCAUUCACUCAAUUUUUGCCGUAGAAAAAAUUUUUUCCAACCAAGUUCUUGGGAAUUAAAUAACCUACAAUUUCAUAUAAAAACAUUUUUUCGUAUAUCUGAUGCUAAUCUUUCUAUUUUGAAGAAAAUGACCUUUUUUACCAAACUACAAAAAGUCGUUAUUCGCUUUUAACUCUAGUUUUUUAAAAACUAAUCAUUCUAAGCCAGUCAAACUUUUAAAAUCUAUUAAUAAUACAUAAAUAAAGAAUAAUUAAUAAGGCCAAUGACUAAAAGCAAAGCUAACUUACAUUAUUAUGCUUCCAAUUGGAUUUCUUUUUUUUUUUUUGAAAAAAAUAUAUUGAUUUUUUAACCCUAACCUUUUUAAUUUUUAUCUUAGAAAGUUUGUUAAAAAAUAGUUUUGUAGGUUUUUACAAGAUCUAUAAAACUAUUAAUACCAAAUGCUUUUAAAAUCCUCAGUCGCAAAAAGUGGUGACUUUGAAAGGGUUGGUAAAGGUGCACUCAAAAAAAUUUAGUUCGUAAUAUUGAUUAACAGUGAUUAUUGAAUAGUAUUUCGUUGUCACAACAAUUUAAUUUGUUGUUUCAACGAACUUUUAGACAUUGGCGAAUGUACUUGGUUAUUGUCACAAUGAUUGAAUAAUAAUUGUGAGAAUAACUAGAGUACAUUAAUCAAUAACACUCAAUUUAUUCAGCCAAUAACUUAGUUUCGUAUAUUUAAUAAAUACUGUUAAUUGUGGCAGCAACUCACGUUCUUGAUUUCGUAGAUGACAAGCAAUUACCUUGGUUUAUUGUGACAACGUACAGAUUUCAUUAAAACAAUGUACAAAUGUUGUUAAUAUAGAGUAAUAUAUGAUUAUUGAAUAGAUGUACACUGAUUGUUGUGCCAACGAAUGCAUUAAUAAAUCUACUACUGCCUUUAAUUCUCACAAUCAAUGCGUUAAUUGUGACAAUAAUCGUGGUUGUUGGGACAAUAAAUGUUUUGCUUGACCAUUUGAAAUGUAACGGCUUUUCGUUAUCGUGAUACCCCUAGCUUCUCUGUGUUACCAUUGUUUAAAAAAGAGUUCUUUGUUAAACAAUGCUGUUACCUCUACCGAAGUGCCAAAUAAUAAUUGCAUUUUGUUUCCAAGUGUAGUCCGUAGUAGAAGGAAGAUUUCGUGUGUCUCUUAUCGUGAAAUAAGGUAAAUAUCAACCUACUUAGAUAUCUAGACAUUUUCAUAAUUUUAUUAUUAUACAAAACGUUUUUGACUAAUAUGAGCUUAUAUUAUGAAUUUUGACCUUAUGGGUAUAUUGAAUAAAAAUAAGUGCUGCCUUAGAGAUAGGAACUUUCACACAAAAGCUAAUAUGUACUUAUAAGGAUAAGAUAUUACUUAUUUUUUAUAUUUGAAUAAAAGUAAGUUUUUUCUGAUAAGGUAAAUACGGGAGAACAUCAUAAUUAAAAAUAAACUUGUCAGUGUCUUAUGUUUGUAAGUGUUUACUUUUAAUAUUGUCUUGUGAUGUUAUUUAUAAUAUGAACUGAAAAUGUGUACUGAUUAGUACACGAAACAUCUAUCAAUAAUUGAAUGAAUUAGCUGAUAUCCUUUCUCUUAUUCUCAAACCUUUGACGGAAAACUCUUCAUUAUAGACUCUGUUAAUUAUCAUUAUCUAGAAUGAGUGAUAUUAAAUAAUUCCUCGCUUCUAUUUUGGGGGUUUUUGAAUGGGCAUAAUAACCAUGGAGCAAUUUCAUAUUCACUAUCUCCAAGAAAGCAAAAAGUGCCUCUAAACUUACGUAUAAUUUGAUAAAUCGAACUUUGUUUCCAAAUUCUCCAAUCGUGAACACUUCCAGGCCACUCAGUGUCCACAAUUUAAUCACUUCAUGUGUAUCAUACGUUACUUGUACAUUUAUGCUAGAAAAUCGUUUUCUAUUAAUAAAUUCCUCACCAAAUUCUGAAGAUUUUUUAAUUUGAACAUGGGUGCAAUCCAGUGCACCAAUAACUAGGUAUUUGCAAUCGGUUAGCCCAUUUUAUCCUUUCUUCUUCCAUACCUUCCAGGUUAGACAGAAACUUUAUCCACUGAUGUGAUUUCUGUCAGCAAGCUUAUUUAUGGUUUUACAAACCGUCGUAUGGUGAACACCAAAAUCUUCAGCAAUACCUGAUUGAAAUCCAGGUAUCACUAACGUAUCGCAGAAAAAUUUCCAUCCUUUGUCGAGAGCAAAGUGCAACUCCUCUGGUUUCGUCUAGCUGUGGAAAAAACCAUAUGGAAAACUUUUUUAUUGUCAACUUUACGAAAAAAUAUGAUUCUUCAUCAAAAGUUCUACAUGUUCUAAAAUCUAAAAUACAACCAUCAGAUAUUAAAUUUUAUCAAUAGUAUACAAGAUAUGUCAAAAAAUAUGAAUUUCGCUAAAGAAUAAAGUACCUUUAUAUUUCAGAAUACCGAAAAUUAUUAUUAAAAAAAGUUAUUUGAAAUGUUAUAAUAUAUUUUAUAAUAUGUAUAUGAAAAUUUUGUCAUAAUAUAUAUUUAUAUUCUUCUAAUUAAAAAAAAUUCAAAUUUUUCUCAAAUUACGGAUACCUUAGCUUUUAUUUUUGAUAACUCCAUUAUGAAUUUUACGAAAAAUAAAAAUACGAAAAUUUCUUAAUAACAAUUUUCGAUAUUGUGAAAUAUAAAGGUAGGCUACUUUACUCCCGAACGAAAUUCAUAUUUUUUGACAUACCUUGUAGACUAUUGAUAAAAUUUAAUAUCUGAUAAUUGUAUUUUAGAUUUCAGGACACGCAGAAUUUUUUAUGAAGAAUAAUUUUUUGUAGUAAAAUUGAUAAUAAAAAAGUUUUCAUAUGAUCCCAGCUUUAUGACCCUAGUUUAUGGAUGUUGUAUGGAUGCGCCAGGUAUCUAUUAAAUACCUGGGUUCGGCUUUAUCAGUAAAACAUUUAUACAUACAUUUAUUUUGUUUCAGUUUGUGUAGAAAAGGCAAGCAAAUUAUAAAUGUUUCAAAAAUGUUAUGUUUUUUAUGCAAGAAAAAAUUCGAUAGUUUAAAAAUUCUUUUCUCACAUUUCAAGCGGGUUCACGAUUUACGUUCUGACGGUAUAUUUAGAUGUUGUGAGCUCGAAUGCCAUCAAAUUUUUCAAAACUUGGGCAGUUUCAAAAAGCACAUAAAUCGUAAACAUAUUAAUAUUGCUAUCGUGGGCGAUGUAGUAACUGUUAAUGAUAUUCAUAAUUCUGAUGAUUUUGGAAAUCAAAUGAUGAAUAAUCAUUCUGAUCUUGAUUAUGAUCAUACUACUGAAAGCCAAGAAACAUCACUACUAAAUUACAAACCCAACCAAAUGCAAGAAAUAUUAUUGGAUAAUUCCACUCAAUUAUCAAGUAGUAGUAACGAAACCCCUAACUGUGAUGUUAUUUUUGAUAUCAAUAAGCACGGCUAUCAGGAAAAUAAUAGUAUCGGUUUCAACAGCACUAAUAAUUUAACACAAUUAGAAUUAUCAAAGAGAAAAGUACACGAUUUAGUCAUAGAAUUUGUAUUAAAACUUCACAAUAAUAGCAAGUUUACGAGAAAAGAUGUUUUAGAAAUUCAAGAGGACACAACAAAACUUUUAAUUGAUCCUAUAUUAGAAAGUUUAAUAUAUUUUGCUAAGUGUAAUUUUGUUGACAAUAGCCUCUUGUACAAUAACUUUUUUGGUCUGAUAACGAGUUUUAAAAGUCCAUUUAAGCUUUUCACAACAGAUCAUUUACUAUUUAAAACUUUACGUAAAAAAGGUUAUACGGAUAAAGUGAAAGAAUUUAUCGUUAAUGAUGAAGUACGUGUAAUGCACAAAAAAGGUAGUUUAGUAGUUGAUGAAAAGAAAAUUACUGGAGUUUUAAUGCCUCUUAAGUUUCAGUUUAAAACAUUUUUUGAAAAAAAAGGGUUGCUUGAGAAAACUUUGAAACAUAUUGAAUAUUUGCAAGGCCAAACAAAAUUAACAAAUUUUAUUCAGGGUGAGUUGUGGAAAAGUAAAGUGUCAAUGUAUCCUAAUAAAACUUUACUACCAUACUUUAUUUAUAUUGAUGAUUUCGAAAUCAAUAACCCUCUUGGAUCACAUUCUUCUAAACAUUCAAUAUGUAAUACCUAUUAUUCUUUCCCAUGCCUUCCUGUAGAUGAAUCAAAAUUGGAAAACAUUUUUCAUGGCGCUGUUAUAAAAUCUACAGAUGUAAAAACAUUUGGUAAUGAAAAAUGUUUUCAAAGUUUAAUACAAGAAUUAAAAGAGCUAGAGGUCAAUGGGCUAGAGAUUCAAAUUAAUGAAAUUUCGAAUUUACGUGUUCAUUUUGUAUUAGGUUUAGUAUUGGGUGAUAAUUUGGGCCUAAACUCAUUUUUAGAUUUUUCCAAAUCAUUUUCAGCAAAUUUUUAUUGUAGAAUAUGUAGAGUAGAAAAAAAAGACUGCCAAAAGUUUUGUAUUGAAAAUACCGAAAUGAUACGAACAAUUUCUAACUACAAUUCAGACUUAGCCAGUUCAUCCGAGAAUAGAGGAAUAAUUUGUAACUCUCUACUUAACGAUAUUCCAUCUUUUCAUGUUGUUCAUAAUUACUACGUUGAUAUAAUGCAUGAUAUAUUCGAAGGUGUAUGCCACUACUGUAUUAGUCAUGCAAUUAUUUACUUUAUUAAAAUGAAGUAUUUUGAUUUAAAAAUUUUAAAUUCAAGAAGAGAGAAUUUUGAAUAUGGACCUAAAGAAAUUGGUAAUAUGCCUGGAAAAAUUGAAUUACAUCACCUUAAUAGUAAAAAAUUAAAAAUGUCUGCUAGAGAGAUGAUGACAUUUAUAAGUUACUUUCCUCUUAUGGUAGGAGAUUUGAUUCCAGAUGAUGAUGAAGUUUGGAUCUUUCUCAUUAAUUUAAUAGAAAUUAUAGAUAUCUUACUAUGUUUUGAAGUAGCAAAUCCGGAUAUUAUUUUAUUACAAAAUAAAAUUAAAAAACUUAACAGCGAUUAUACUGUACUAUUUAACGACACGCUUAAACCCAAAUUUCAUAAUUUGACUCACUAUCCAAAUAUUAUUCGGCAAUCUGGACCUCUUAGAAAAUUAUGGUGUUUUAAAUACGAAUCUAAUCAUAUCCAUUCUAAAAUUUGCUGUCACUGUAUUAAUUCUAGAAAAAAUAUAUGUAUUACCUUGUCCAAAAAAUAUCAGUUAAAAUUUGCCUACCAAAUUUUAAAAAACGAAGAACCCACCACUACAUUGAGUGCGAAUAGUAGACAUAAAAGACAGAGUAAUUUCAAAAAUAUUAUUUAUGAGCAACUAAAUAUCGUUGAUAAAAGUUCUGUUCAAUUUUAUUCUCAAUUAAGAUACAAAGGAACCCAGUUUAAAUGUGGUGAUUAUAUAUCUGUAUUAAACAAUGAUAUUCAUAUCUAUAAAAUUGUAGAAAUUAUUUUACUGAAUAAAGAUGAAAUAUUAUUCUUUUCACAAAAAUUAAUAAAUACAAACUAUAGGUCCCAUUUUCUUGCCCAUGAAGUGGAUUUAAGUAAUUUGGGCCAAUUAUCACUGAUUUCAGUUAAUGAAUUAAUAGGACCACCAGUAGAUUUAAUAAGAACAGCGAAAGGCAUUAACAUGAUAAAAGUAAAAGAACAUUAUUCUACAAUAGCAUUCUAAUAAGGCUUUUCAUUCCGAGUCAUUAGUUUCGAGCUUCUGUCAUGUGUCACAUAAUAUUAAUAUAUCUACGUCAUACGUUAUUGGCAUAUACCAAUGAUGCAAACCAAAGACGUGUGACGUAGAUAUAUUAAUAUCAUGUGACACAUGACUGAAGCUCGAAACAAAUGACAAUCGAUGAAAAGCCCUAUAGUAUAUACCCCAUUCCACGAAUAUACGACCCUCUUGGAUUAUCGCGACAACGAAUAUUUUACUGUGCAAAAUAUGAAGAACGAAAGUAAAUUGCAAAUUAUAUUCUUGUUUAUUGGAGUAAUUAUUAGAGCAAAGUACUUUCGUACUUCUUAAGUUGCACACUAAAAUAUUCGUUGUCGCGAUAAUCCAAAACAGUCGUAUAUUCGUGGAACCCACCAUACAUAUUUUGCAACGAGCAUUUAAUGACGGUAAUUACCAUGCGAUUGACGUAUACGAUCACGAGCUGCGAUGCGAUGAGUGUCGUAUGAAAGACGAGCAUCAUAAUAACAAUUAAAACACUGAAAACAUUUGUUUUCAAUAGUUCCUCAAAAUUUAUUAUUCAACUAUGUCACUACAGCUGUUUCUGCAAAGUGCCUUUAUAUAAAAUAAAUCACUUGAGAAAGGCACUCAAAAUAAUAAAUUUUGAGGAAGUAUUGAAAACAAAAGUUUUUAGUGUUUAAUUGUCAGAUAAAAUGAACUUCUACCAAGUAACCGUCGAACCCAUUAAUUAAUUAAAUGUAAGUUGUAUACAUGAUUUUUUUAUAAUCAUUCACAAAAAAAAUAAAUCCAAAUUUAUUUAUUUUGUAACACAAAAUUAAGUACUUACAUAUAAGCUUAAGGCAGGUUUCACCAACAACAUAUAAAUCGGUGGAUAGUUAUUGGUCGAAUAAAAUUUAUUAGUCGAGUAUAUAUUUAAUUUCGUGUCAACAACUAUUUGUCAUUUGUAUUCCACAAUUAGUUGUUCGUCGACGAAUAAGUCCUAUAAAUAUAUAAUGAUUUUCCACCAGUACUCGUUGGUAUAAUAAAAACAAGCGCAUUGCAUUCCACUGUUGUAAUCGUAUGAGAUAUACAUAACCUAUAUUUUGUUAUUUGUUGAUAUUUAUCACAAUACAUAAUAGAAAAUAUUUGUUUGAUUUGUUUAUUGAAAAUAGACAAAAAAACGUGAAAAGAUAAUUAAUUUUUAUGUUUAUGUUUUAUAGUCUGCAUGUUAUAUACAAUAAUCAUUAUUGGAAUAAAUUUGAGGCGACGUAACUUUUCUUACGUUGUUUUUACAGACAUUUUCUUAAAAUUAUUUAAUUUUGGAACUGUUAGUUUAUUUAAAUAUUAAAUAUUCUUUGUCUAAAUUAUAAACUGUCCAAGUGAAUGAAUUUGACUUGGCAUUGAUCGUUGCGUAUGUGCUACCGACACGACGUUACAGAACGUCAUCUCGCGAUUUUAUUAGUUAAAAUCUGUAUCACCAUGAAUCUCAUUAUACAUGACAGGUAGCCAAAUCAUAAUUGAUAAUAUAUUAAAGUAUGAGAGUAGAAAAAACAACCUAAUAAUAUAAUUUAACCAAUAUUUCAAUAAAAUCAUAACAUUUUUAAACGUUUUGAGCUAGCUAGAACAUCAUGUAUCAAAAUAAUGACGGAGAAACAGAUGCCACUUACCAAAUCGGUCAGAAUUUGGCGAAUUUUCUUGGCAAUGAAUAUAUUAUGCCUCCAGAGAUGAAAAAUAAUAUAGCGCAACAAAACGAAACUGUACAACAACUCGAGUCAAUGCUGACAGAUUUAUCCAAAUGCCAUACAAAUGAUUCAAACCAAAAUCUACAUGACUACGAGAUUGAACAUCAAAGUGAAUCUGAAGUAAGCGACAUUGCUGGCACCAAUAGUAACAAGAAUUCCCAAGAUGAAAAUCUCGAAUCAAUUGAACUCAGAAAUUUAUUAAAAUUAUGGAAUAUGGAAAGUCUGACAGAUCAUUUAAUAGGUGAGAAUGUUUUUAUACCGGUGUUAAAAGUGAUUAAACGACAUCAUAUAGAGUUGCUAAUGAAAAAUUUCGAUUUGGGUACCUACAUUCUGUUUGAACAUCAACUGGAAAAUUGGAGAGAGAGUAUUGGGACUACCUUUAGUGAACCAAUGCAGGGAAAAAGCAUAUCCAUUUAGCAAUCCAAGCACUUCACCAUCUACUUCGCGAAUGACUUCCAGAGAAAGUACACCUACACGCUUUACGCCAUACGACAGACCAUCUACAUCUACCCCAGAAGAAUACGUCUCUUUGGCUGAUAUUUUGAAAACUCAAUAAAGGCUCUAUGCUUACAGAGUACUAUACAAAGUUUGAUAAGUUUAAAGAGGAGCAGCGCCUUCUUCUUGUCGGCUUAAUUGCAGGUUACUAUGAGGAAAAGUCGCUACAAUUAUCCUUAAGUGCAAGUCAACGUUUGGAACAGGAAAUUUUGGAGCGGUUCCCUACAGAAAAAUUGAACCUGAAGACAAUGCAGAAAGUAUCAUUCGGUGUUUAAAAUACGACAAUUUGAGUAUUGAAGAAUCCGACCAAUGUUGGAAGGCAUGCUCUAGAUACCGCUUGAUUGAAGUAAAGAAGCUUGCUUCAACAAAAUCCAUAAUGGAAGCAUGGCCAUUUUAUAAAAGUCCUUCAGGAUAUCGUUUGAUUGACAUGGACUUUAAAAUUGCUUUUAAUGAUAAUGAUGGCCUUAUUUUAAAUUGGGAUAAUCGUUUUGACACUCUUGUUAACUUUUUAUCGAGCGAUGGGCACAUAAAAGAUAAGAAAAUUAAAGGAAUAGUAGAAAAUGUGAGGAACACUCCUGAUUUAGCAGAAAAUGGAAAAAAUGCGGCAAUUUUUUGGGCUCUGCAUGGUUACUUUGUUCCUACAAAAUUGGUUGUGACAAAGAAGGAUGAGAGAAAGACAAAUACAAAAUACACAAUUAAAGACUCUCAAGAAUCCUUUUUAUUUAUUGGAAAAACCCAACAAGAAGUAGAAGACCACCUACUUCACCUGAAGGAUAGGAAUAUAUCUAUUCAGCCGUUUUUAUGUUGCGUCGGUGAAGAUAUAUUAAACAUUACAAACAUAUGUAUCUAUUUUGAUGAAAUACGAUACAAUUUCAAAAAUUUUGUUCGAGCCGUUGAUAUAUGUUUUAAAAUAAUUUAUUUAUUUGAUUUGGAAUUUCCACCAGCGUCUCUUACAUUUUAUAGCUUCAUCGAGAGUUAUUUUUAUAAUUUCAAGUCAAAAAAUAUGACUUCGAAAAUCCAUAUUUUAACAGACUUUUUAAAUAAUAUAUAGAUCAAAAAGAAAUGUCUUAUAGUUCCUAGUCUAGCAUAAAAUAUUAUGUUUGAAUUAUGUAGUUGUGGAAAAAUAUUGUCAUUUAUUUUUUUAAAUGUUGCAUGUUUUGUCAACUUCAUUAAGUUAAGAAACUGAAUUUUAUUAGACAUAACUUUUAACUACAACAAUUAGCCUGCUAGGAACUUGCCGUUAUUGGUCUCUAGUAGUUGUGAACCAAGAGCCUAUAAUUUCUUUAUUUUUAAAAUAUUGCAUGUUUUUCUAAAUUUAUAUCUAUCUAGUAACUAGUAACUUAUCUACUCCUACCCUACUAGUUUAUUGUGCUUAACAUCAACUUGUGUUGAAUACUAGGGCCCAAUUUUAUUAAAUUAUUUUAAAAUGCACAGGAUGCCCUAAAAUGGGUAACUCAAAUGUAGGUAGGUACGUUUUAUUUUACGGAACUCCAUAUAGCCCAAAUGGAUUGUAGUAAAAAAUAAUUUUUUUAAUCUACCUACCACACUUAUGUUUUUUAAAAUUAUUAUUAUGGGUACUUAUACUAAAUUCACAAUCAAGAUGCAGUAGAAAUAAACAAACUAAGACAUGUUAAAUACUACUAGGAGCACUACCGAAUCAUAAAUUACAAUGCAUAAACUUUGGAAAUCAUGAUUUGUGAUUUACAGUGUAUAUACAUUGUAAAUUAUGAUUCGGGAGUGCUCCUAGUAGCAUUUAACGUGUCUUGGUUUGUUUAUUUUUACUGCAUCUUGAUUGUAAAUUUAGUAUAGUACAGAUUCUCCAAAAAUUAUGUUUUUAUAUUUUUAUUCACUAUUGUGUCGCAAUGGGUAUAUAUUAACCACUUGAGUAUCAUUAGGCCUUAACUAAAAACGUGCAAUAUUAAUGAAAAAAAAAUACAACUAAUUAUUGGCUAAGCAGACUAACUGUUGUACAGUUGAGUCCGGGAAUCUUUACCCGUGCGUCAUCAUUUAAAGCAUACGAAAUAAGUCGAUGAUAAGUCGGAAAUUGAAAUUUACUAAACGCAACCGCAAGUCAUUUACUGUCACUUGCUGUUGCGUUUAGUAAAUUUCAAUUUCCGACUUAUCAUCGACUUAUUUCGUAUGCUUUAAAUGAUGACGAACGGGUAAAAAUUCGCGAACUCAACUGUAAACAAUGAUUUUUAUUAUUAAUCGUGUUAGAUGUUUUACUAAUUUAAAGUUAGCCAAGCAUGCAUUAUUUUUUUGAAAAAGAAACGACAUUUUUUGAAUGGCAAAUUAUCAUGUAUAAUUUCAAUUUAUAAAAUAUCAAAAAUAAAAUAUUAUAGGUAC